UUUGAUAUGAGUUGAAUAGAUAGGUUGUCACAAUGAGUCUUUUAGCAAAAAGAGAGCUUCGAAGUAGCGUACGAGCUAUUCUGCAUUCUUUGGAUGAACAAUCUUUGGCUUACCAAUCUGAGCGCGUUUGCGAAAAGGUGUUGCAACAUCCCAAGUUUGCGGAAGCAUCAAUUGUUUCGGUUUACCUCAGCAUGAAAGGGCGAGAGUUGGACACGACUUGUCUGAUCAAGUGGAUUCUUCGAACCAAAAAGGAAAACACGGACAAAAAUAAAAGGCUGUUCAUACCGCUUAUUCUUCCUGCAACGUAUUCAACGGAAAGAAGAUCUUUCAUGCGGAUGGUUGAACUCAAGAGCGAGGAGGAUUGGCUGUCAUUGAGGGAAAACAGCUGGGGAAUCAAGGAACCAUCGCUGGAUGAUUUGGAUUCGAGAACUUCUCUGGAGAAUAUUUUGGCAUCGGGAAGCGAUAAUUGUUUGAUGCUGGUACCUGGUGUCGCUUUCGGACUCGAUGGAUCCAGACUGGGUCAUGGGAGGGGAUACUACGACAGAUAUUUGCGCGAUAACUGUUCACACUCUGAAAACUUCUACUCCAUUGGACUCGCUUUGCACGAACAAAUAGUUGAAGAUAUCCCUAUGAACGCAAAUGAUGUUAUUUUAAACGAAGUUAUUGUCACUUGAAAUAUUGUUUUGCAUCGACUCAAGUCAAUGUUCAUUAAAAUUUAUUAUUCUUAA